AGCGACUUACAACGGCAAACCGCAAUAACGUGCAAGUAAAUUGUAGUUCGCAACUCGUUCGUUCUCCCAUUAAUACCUCACGUGAAAACCAGUCAGUUUUUGGAAGUUUAUUCCAUUUUUCUGGUGAAUCAGAGCUUGGGCGGAUGAUGCAAGCCUGGACUACACGGGGGCCCUGCCCAAGCGCGCAGAGCUGUAGAAAAUCAUUCAUGCAUACGGGAUCAAGGAUCUGUGCCAAUUAUAAACUACAGCUCAUUGGGAACAGCCAUGCCCACCUGCUGGAUGCUUGUCCUCAUUUGCCUCGCUUUCGUCGCAUCCAGUUAAAUGGGACCCCGGAGGUCAACCGUGGUGCGAUGACUGCGGAGGCAAGCGGCAGCGAUGACCGCAAGGUCGGAGUGCUUUUCGUUUGCCUCGGGAACAUCUGCAGAAGCCCGACCGCGGAGGCGGUCUUCCGCUCCGCAGUAGAGAGGGUGGGGCUAGCAGCCGCCUUCGACAUUGACUCUUGCGGUACAGGCGGUGGCAGCCCUGACUGGUUUACGGAGGGGGGUUGGUCGUAUCACGAAGGCGACGCGGCGGAUUCACGCAUGGCGGUUACAGCCCGCAAGCGUGGGGUGCUGAUCACGUCGCGGUCCCGGCCGCUGCAGCCCGUGGACCUUACCCGUUUCGACUACAUUAUCGGAAUGGACGCCAAGAACCUGCGUGCCAUUCGGGCUGCCGCCGACUACUGGCUGGUCCGGCCCAUGGGUCAGGGCAAGGUGCCUCAGGACUACAGCCGGCGCAUCAGCCUUAUGACCAGCUACUGCAG